AUGGGAACCCACGUUUUAUCUCGUAUUCUCUUCCUGGUUCUCUGCAUCUACUGCCUAAAAACCACUGUCGAUGGAGCCGGAGAAUGCGGGAGAAACCCUCCGGAUAGAGAAGCCAUAAAGCUAGCUCCUUGUGUGAUGGCUGCACAAGACAAGUCUGCUAAAGUGUCUGCAACUUGCUGUGUUCGAGUGAAACAAAUGGGCAAGAACCCAAAAUGUCUUUGCGCUGCCAUGCUCUCUUCUACAGCUAGGAGCUCUGGAGCAAAGCCAGAGAUCUCUAUGACCAUUCCUAAACGCUGCAACAUCGCUGAUCGUCCCAUCGGUUACAAAUGUGGAGCUUAUACUCUGCCUUGA